AUGGAGGAUUUCUCCAAUGACCUCUUCAGCAGUUUCUUUGAUGACCCAGUACUGGCUGAGAAGAACCCACUGCUGGACAUGGACCUGGAUCCACCCACUCCAGGCAUCCAGGCAGAGCACAGUUACUCCCUCAGUGGAGACUCUGCUCCUCAGAGCCCCCUUGUGCCUGUCAAGACUGAAGAUAAUGCUAAUGAGCUGGAGAAUGGAGUGUGGUCGCUGGGGCCCAAGCUCUGCUCCAUCAUGGUGAAACAGGAACAGAACCUGGCUCUAGACCUGCCUGAGUCCCAGCUAGCUGCCAGCUCCAUACCAGUGCUGAACCUCAACCCUCUGCAGAGACUGCCAGUCCCCGAGGAGACUCCCAUAGAAAUUACUCCAGCACCUGUGAUCAAAGCUGAACCCAAGGAGGUGAACCAGUUUCUAAAUGUACCUGCAGUAGAUGACCUGGUGCAGAUGCCUCCAACUCCACCCAGCAGCCACGGCAGUGACAGCGAUGGAUCCCAGAGCCCCCGGUCCCUGCCUCCCUCCAGCCCAGCUCGACCUGCUGCUCGCUCUUCUACUGCCAUCUCCUCCUCACCUCUCCUCACAGCACCACACAAGUUACAAGGGACCUCUGGCCCACUGCUCUUGACUGAAGAGGAGAAACGCACCUUGAUUGCUGAGGGCUACCCCAUUCCUACCAAGCUCCCCCUCACCAAAGCAGAGGAGAAAGCACUGAAGAGGGUCAGGAGGAAAAUCAAGAACAAGAUCUCUGCUCAGGAGAGUCGCCGGAAGAAGAAAGAGUAUGUGGAGUGUCUAGAGAAAAAAGUUGAGACGUACACAACAGAAAACAAUGAACUCUGGAAAAAAGUGGAGACCUUAGAGAAUGCAAACAGGACUCUGCUCCAGCAGUUACAGAAGCUGCAGGCUCUAGUAGCUGGGAAAGUCUCCCGACCUUACAAAAUGGCUUCCACACAGACUGGGACCUGCCUAAUGGUCCUGGCACUCUGUUUUGUUCUGAUCCUGGGAUCCCUGAUGCCCUGUCUCCCUGAGUUCUCUUCAGCAUCGCAGACAGUGAAAGCAACACCAGCACCAGACAUUUACACAACUAGUAAGAUUCAGUCACGGAGCCUCCUUUACUAUGAUGAGGGUGCUGGCUCCUUAGAAGAGAGUUAUAGCUCCUUCCUAACCGUGGACCAUCCCGAGGGGUGGGAAGCUGAAAAAGGGCAGCCUGAGGACAAAGGGCCUCAUCUAGCCAGAACACAUGAGACAACCAAAUAUCUAAGCAAAUCCCAGCUGGAGAGUUCUGACCAGAACCGAACUGACCCAACACUCACCCACCUCAAAGAGCAAUUCCAUGAGAGGGAGACAAGUUCCAGUGAGACAGCUGAAUACUUGUAG